GAGGAGACCCUGAGGGUGGAGUACCUGGCCCGCUCCACCAGGACCACGCCCAUCAACCUGACCAACCACGCCUACUUCAACCUGAGUGGACAGGGUGCAGCAGACAUCUACGACCACCAGGUGUCCAUCAGCGCUCCGUCCUACCUGCCGGUGGACGACUCCGUCCUUCCUACAGGAGAGGUCAGAGCGGUGGACGGCACGCCCUUUGACCUCCGGGAGCCGGCUCAGCUGGGCCCUCGGCUGGAGGAGGUCCCAGCGCCAGGCUUCGACCACAACUUCUGUCUGUCCUCACCUGGAGACACCUGGACAGAGAGACCUGCUGCCAGAGUGGUCCACCCAGCCAGUGGGCGGGUCCUGCUGGUCUCCACCAAUCAGCCGGGGGUCCAGUUCUACACCGCCAACUACCUGGACUGCUCCGGGAAGGGCGGGGCCAGGUACGGCAAACACAGCUCCUUCUGUCUGGAGACCCAGAACUGGCCUGAUGCUGUCAACCAGCCUGCGUUCCCUGACUGUCUGCUGCGUCCUGGUGAAGAGUACAGACAUGUAACCAGCUUCACCUUCACCACCGUCUGACCGUCGGACCUGCAGCACUUCUAAAGGAUCAAUAAUUAUCAUUAUUACUAAUAGAUCAAUGUAAAUAUAAUCAUGUCUCAUAAUGAUCAGCAGCAGUGCCUUCUACGGUUAUACUAUGUCUAACUGUGUAAUUUGAUGCAGAUUUUUGUAAUAUGAAGGAUUGUCCCUGAUGUUUGAUCCUGUGUCGUUAUUACAAUAAAUAAAAAUGAAUCAAGA